AUGCCAUCAGUAUACACAUUUUCUCGCAGCGACAAUGAGAUCCUGCAAGAGUUGCUAAAGGUGUUUAGCUCUGGUCGUGGCACUACUCGGGAACAAUGGAGCAUGCAAGCGGAGUUGCUGGUGGAACCAGUUGGCUGGGAUGCUUUAUGGAAACUAUCCAAGGAUUUCUGUAAGAAGUUCGAAGUAAGAUUCCCCUGCAUAGCCUAUGUGACAGUGACAUCAGUGGACUUUGAGAACCUCUCAGCUUGUGUGGAUGUGCUCAGUGUGCAACAUGAGACUGUGUCGCUACCUGAAAGCAUAGUAGAUGUACCAUUGAUCGAGCUCUGGCCUACGAUAAAGCAACGAGAACAGUGUAUCAAUGUUGCUGCUACUGCGGAGUUUAUUGAUUUGUUAAGAUUCUACUACAACGACAUAUGGAUGCCUUGGGACGACUCAGAAGUGCUACUAUCAAACACAAUAGAGGAACGCAUGCAGCUUUGGUCAGACAUGCACAACGGUACCAUACCAAACUGUGUGGCUCGGUCCAUUACGUUGCUGAGGAACAGUGCUAUAGAUGCUCAUGAGAAACUGAAGCAGAUGGACUCCUCACUGUGUGAAGGGGACGUGGCUAGUGAUGAUGAUUCUCUUCUACCGCCGAACUACAUAUCGCUGUGCGCAGAAAUGAACGCGCGACUCGACGGGUUGAUGUCGAAGUGGACUCUGUAUGAAAACUCAUUGAUUCGGGAACAGUAUCUAGCGAGGGAGCGGUCUAAAUGGCAGAGGAAUAAAAGUAAAAAGAAUGUUGUAGCAGUAUGGCAAGGCGGUUCAAUCUUUGAAUUCAGUGAGAUAUCCAAGUUCCUAAUAUCACACGUCACCAAUGACUUCCGACUAAGCGUACUGACGUCAGUGGAGGACGCUCUGCAGCUGGAGCCCCACGAGCUAGUCCUGUGUGGACAUGAGCUGAUGCUGCCCGAGUUACCGCUGGCUAAUAUUAAUGUGACUAGUUUUAAAGGCGCGACUCUCCAAGCAUCAGACAUGCGUUCCUGUCUCCUUAUGUUAUCAGAAGAGUGCCGGCUCCGGGAACUGACCCUGCACUGCUCGUCAGUAAACACAGUGAUAGUGAUGAGAUCUGGCACUCUACAUAUUGUGAGCUGUAAUAUAUUGGAUCAGUCAAGUAGUUCUAAGAGUGACUUCGCACAAGGCAUAGUGGCGAUGUCUGGCGCGAAGAUCCUCAUAGAAAACUGCACGUUUGAUAAUUUCUACUCUGGAAUCGUCGUGCAUAAGGGAGCGCAGGUGGAGUUUAGGAACUGUACAAUAAAGAACUGUGGCGUAGGCAUACAGAUGUACUCUGGAUCUAAAGUGGAAUUGAGUGACACCGCGAUAUCCAACUGCAGUGAGCAGUGCAUACGAUGUGAACUCGAUGUCACGCUAGAUGCAGCUACUGCUAGUGCUAACGGAUUCGAAGGUCUACUAGUAAAUGCGAACUGCAAAAUAGGUACAGGUGACUUACAAAAGGAGGUUCUAAUUGUAAAACAGGAUGUCAGUAUAUGA